UGGUCAGUUCUUCACAUCAACAACAAUGGCAGAUUCUUUGCCUCCUGGGUUUAGGUUUUACCCUACUGAAGAAGAGCUUGUUUCCUUUUAUUUGUUCCACAAGCUUCAAGGUGGAACCCAGGAUUUGAUUCGAGCCGUUGAUCAAACCAUACCUCUUUUGAAUAUUUAUCUCUUCAAUCCUUGGGAUCUUCCACAGUUUGCUGGGGAGGUGUGCAAGAGAGAUGAAGAGCAAUGGUUUUUCUUCAUACCAAGGCAAGAAAGUGAAGCAAGAGGAGGAAGACCAAAGAGAGUGACAGCCAAUGGGUAUUGGAAGGCCACUGGGUCUCCAACUUAUGUGUACUCUUCAAACACCCAUAGAAGCAUUGGUGUUAAAAGGUCUAUGGUUUUCUACAAUGGAAGAGCUCCCAAAGGAACCAAAACUCAAUGGAAAAUGAACGAAUAUAAGCUCAUCGGUUACCCUAAGUUGAGCUUAUGUCGAAUUUACAAGAAAUCAAAGUCAUUGAGAGCAUUUGAUAGACGCCCGCAACCGCCGCCAUUGGAGGCUCCAAUUCCGCCCAAGCAAUGUCUAGAAACUCAGCAUAACGCUGGCGAUCAGUUCGCCGACGACCAGAAGUUACCGAAUCCGCCAUUAACGGUGGAGAGAGCAAGCUCGCCGGAGUCUUUUUCAUCUGGAGAUGGGCAUGGAGAAGCAGCCACCACAAACUACAACAUGCAGCUGAAGAUGGAAGUUGACAAUUAUGAGCUUGUGUGGGAUUGGAGCCGUUUGAACUGGCUCUAGUUUUAUAUACCUAAAAAUAACUAAUUAUCAUAAACUCGUGCGUUAUUA